GUCCCCGGGAAGAAACACCAAGAGAGAAGACUAGGAACCGGAGAGAAAAGUUAAUACCCACCAUAGAGCUGCGACUUCGAGAGAGAUGGAUGAAGAACAUGGUAAUAGCAUCGGUAGUAGCAGUAGUAAUUUGGAGACUGCGAAGGCGGAGAGAUCAGUUUGGCUGAUGAAGUGCCCGGUUGCGGUGGCCAAGUCCUGGAAGAGUCAUCCCCAAUCUGAUCCUCACCCUCUCGCCAAGGUCGUCCUCUCCCUCGAUCCUCUUCACCCCGACGGCUCUUCUUCCCUCCAGUUCACAAUGGAGAUGGCAAACACUGAGGCUGGGAGUGUUCCAAAAAGUUAUUCUUUGAAUAUGUUUAAGGAUUUUGUUCCUAUGUCUGUCUUUUCGGAGACAAAUCAAGGUAAGGUCGCGAUGGAGGGAAAGGUUGAGCAUAAGUUUGACAUGAAGCCCCAUGGUGAAAACAUUGAAGAGUAUGGAAAAUUGUGCCGUGAAAGGACAAGCAAGUCCAUGAUAAAGAGUAGACAAAUACAGGUUAUUGACAAUGAUCGUGGAAUACAUAUGAGGCCCAUGCCUGGAAUGGUUGGCUUGAUUUCAUCCACUUCCAAGGAUAAGAAGAAAACUGUACCAGUUAAGCAAUCGGAUGUGAAAAGAACUAGAAGGGAUCGUGGGGAACUGGAGGAUAUAAUGUUCAAACUAUUUGAAAGACAACCAAAUUGGGCCUUAAAGCAGCUUGUCCAAGAGACUGAUCAACCUGCCCAAUUCUUGAAGGAGAUACUCAACGAGCUGUGUGUGUACAAUAAAAGGGGAACUAACCAAGGAACCUACGAGCUUAAGCCAGAAUACAAGAAAGUUGUUGAAGAUACAACUGCUGAAUAAUAGAGCACUUCUCGGGCUGUUAGCGAACCUUUUUUCUAUUUAAGCAGGAAAGGAGUAGACUCACAAAGUUCAAAUAAAUUCACAAGUUAUGCAGGGUUGCUGCACAAGACGCCACCGAGAGGCGAGAAGGUAUCAAGCAAAGACAACAUGGAGCAACCUAUUUGUUCCUCUUUGAUAUUUCGUUCUCUGAAAUUCGCAGAUGCAGUUUGUACAGAGUCUUAGUUUUAACUCGGGCCAAGAGUUAUACAAAAAUAUUUUGUUCCGCAAACUUAAUUCCUCAAUGACCCAUUAUCUUGCAUGUAGUAUCAACGCUUACUGGUUGGACUUUUAGAGUUCCACCAACUACAAGGCAGUCGAAUUUUGUGCUCUAA